UUGAUUGACCUUCUGGUGUCAGAUAGAAGAUGGAAUAUGGCACUGUAUCCCCUAAAAGAAGUUUGGGGCCAUUUAAAAAGUGCUCUGAGUCUCAUUCGCCAAACUAAAGGCUACCCAGAAGAGGAGAUUGUAUGGCUAAUGAUCAAGGCUUGGAAUAUUGGAAUAUUGAUGUAUAGCAGGAACAAGUAUAUGUCUGCAGAAAGGUGGGCAAGAAUGACAUUGGAGUUCCUUGGCCAACUUGGUUCCCUCAAAACAAAUUAUGAAGCAAAGAUGAAACUUUUAUAUGCCAACCUCAUGGAAGCAUUAGAUGAAAGGUUGGAUUUAAGGUCUACAGAGAUGACUGAACGGAUAAGAGCACUUGCUGUUCCUCCAGAGGGCCAAGGUUCAGUUCCCAGCACCAACAUGGCAGCUCAAAACCAUCUGUAACUCCAGCUCCAGGGGAUCUGACACUGUCUUCUGGUCACUACGGGUACCACGGUGCAUGUGCAUAAAAUUAAAGUGUGAUUUCACUUCUCAGUGAAGAGUGAUAAUGAUUGGAGGAAAUUGUAGAAAGGAGGUGUAUAUUCAUGAGCUGGUAAAUAUUUCACUGUUAUAUGUUCCUUUGAACCUUUGUUUUCUUAAGCCCUGUUCUUAUGUUGACUGAAAGUUUCUCAAAUAAAAGCAUUUUGACUUUUA